UCCCGACUCCGUUUUGCCCGGCGGCGAGGCUUAUCCGCCUUCUAAAAGCUGACACUUUGAGGAGUUUUUCUCUCUCCUAUUGCUUCGAGAGCGAGGGGCGGAAAGCGCUUCUGGAGAGUCGCUUCCGCUGCUUCCCGGAGAGUUGUCGCCUGAGGCCCAUCGGGGCGUCGCCUGCCUCUCUCUCUCUCUCUUCCUCUUCGGCCACGGCGGAGGAUCGCUAUCCCGCGAGCGGCGUAGAGACAAAACGGCAGAGAGAGAAGAGAGAGAGAGACUCGAUUCCGGGCAUCGCAAACCUGGCCGAGGAGGUGGCUGGCGCCGUCGCUGCUGCUUUGCGAGGCGUGAAAAUCCGCUUCCCGCGAGGAUCCCGAGGACCGCUGCCGCCCCGUGGAGGGAAACGAUGUCGAAACGGCUCCACACUUGGCGAGGAUAAAUGGGCCCGCCAAACCUUAUGAGAAUACUGAUACUACUGAAGAUUAAAUAAACUUGGAUAAAUUCAGAAAUAACCAGUCAUUCCUGAAAAGAAAAGAACUAUCAGCACAAUGGAUUGGAGCACAAGAUCUACCCUGACCUCCAACUUUCAGACAAACCAUGUUCAAAUUCAGGAACAACAUCAGUCACAACAAUUUACUGUAGCAGAUUUUCAAGCAAAUGCAUCUGUUCAAAAUUCUGGAACUUACUCUGGAAAUGAUCAAACCAUAAAAAUACUCUCUAAUAGAAUGAAUACCCUUGCAAAUAACUUGCCUUUUCAAAAUAAUGGAGGCUCCAAUACUUUACGUCCUAUUCUGCCUAAAACAUCUGUACAUAAUGACGUUCAGCCAGCCCACCUUGUUCUUACGCUACAUCCCAAUUCACUUGGACAUGUUUCCUCUGAGAAUGUCCAGAUGGCUGCUGGCAUGACUCAGAAUUCGAGUUUGACAAAGAAUGUGCAUAUUUCCUCCCCUGUAGUCGUACAAGGUAGUACUGAAAAUCCUAUGCAAAAUAUACCUCAGAAAACAGUUAAUCUGCCUAUUGCCUUGGAUAGCUACAAUAAUCGACCAUUACAGAAUCAUUCUACUUCUAUGACUACUUCAAUAUAUUGGCAAAAGAGCCAAAGUAAUACAUGUUCAAAAGGACUGCCAACGCCGAUGCACUACUAUCAUGUUAAUGGACCUGCUACCUCCCAAAUAGAUACUACAGUGCCUUUUAACCAGGCAUCAAGUCAGUACUCAACUUCUCAGCAGAACCUUUCAUGCCUUGUUUUCCCUUUACAGCAAAAUACUCAAAACCAAAUCAAUGGCCCAAGUUCAAGCCUGAAAGCAGCUUUGCAUUCACAAUACUAUGCCCCUAAUACUGUAAGUCCUAUACAGUAUGGAGUACCAGCCCAUCAUAAUUCUAAGAAUGCAGCACAGACCUUCCCUCAAGAUCUAAAUCCACCACCAUACCCAGUUCCUCCUGCACAAAGAAACCAUGGACAGUUUGUACUUCGACAGGCAGUUGCAAAUAUAUCCCAUAAAAAUGUACAGAACUACCACAGUCCUAGGUUGGAUCAAAGUAGUAAUCUGUAUUCAACUCAGCUUAGUGAAAAACAUCAAUCUGUACCAUUCACCCAAGAAACUAAUGCAGUAAGCAACACUCCAUAUAGUGCAAGUGGAUAUAGGACUUCAAAUCAGCUUCCUAAUGAACUGGCCAAGUCAUCAGUUGAAGUUGGAGCAAGCCUUUGUAACAGUGUGCGAGUUGUUGGAACAGUUCCUUCUGAUGUCGCUUUAACACCACAAACGGGUAGGACUUUGGAACAAGAAAAGAAUCUAGCUAAUGGCUCAAGACAUUUUCCUGAGAACUUGAAGGAUAAAAUAACAAAAGAGAGACUAGCACUGGAUGGGAAAAAACUGCAUGAAUUGAAGAAGGCAUUGUUAAAAUUAGAUAAGGACUAUAAAAUGAGAUGUAAAAUGUACCUAUCUUCAGUACAGAAUGGUCAGGCUGCUGACACUUCCGUUCACAAUCAAAAUGCUGUUCAGAGUCAAAAUGCUGCCACCUCACUUGCUUCUUACAAUACCAAUCUCAAUCUGUCUUUGCCACUGCCAAAGGAUUCCAAUCAAGCAAUUCAGCCUCUUCCACAUGAUACCACUCAAUCAUUUCCUCCUAUGUCCUACAGUUCUGGUGAAGUCAAAUAUGCUCCUUUAUCAGUGAAAACCAAUAAUCACUUAGAGCCAAUUCUAAGGCAUAUGCUUAAAGGUACUACUGAUGAAAAUAUGUUAUUUAACGACAAUGUUGAAAAAGGAGGGUCCCAUCAUUUGGACAUCAAAGAUCAUUCAUCUAGUGCUCCUAUGCUUUCUAGCAGUGAUGUAUCUGAAACUCGUGUGAAUAAUAUUGAUGAUGCUUCUAAACUGAGGUCAAACAUUACAAUGGAUUCUACCCAAGUGCCUUUGACAUGCACAAAAAAUGGUCCUGGUUAUGAACUGACUACAAGAUCUGCCAUCGAUCAAUUGGGGAGUUGGUGUAAGAGUAAAAUGGAAAUCCCUGGCCAGUAUUUUACUGACAAUGUUCAGAGUUCAAAUCAGAACCCACCUGCCUCAAAUGGAUCAUCCUUAUCAAAAAAAGAAGAAAGAGAGUGCAUUGAGCAGAGUAACACUUGUCUGCAAAAAAUUGAAAGAAAAACUGUAGCUGGGAGCAAUGAAAAUAUUUGUGAUACAUUUAAUUCAGCUUCUCUUCAGAAAGCAACUGUUCAAGAAGCAGGCGUAAUGCAGAAGUCCUCAGUUACUGGAAAUCCUUCUGUAAUGACAGACGUUAGUUGGGAGGUAGUAAAAAAAGGUCUUGCUUUAUGGACCAAAAAUUUGCCAGGAACUUUGAAACACUUAUGUAAAAAUAAAGAUUCAACUGUGUCUUUGUCCUUAUCAGAAGUUGGAGUAGAUGGGGAAAAAACACAGCAGAUUUUGGAAAAUCUUCCCAGUUUAUUAACUCAGAAAGACCAAACUAAAGUUACAGUUGGAUCAAAUGAAACAACUACGUCUUCUGCACCUUCCUCUCUUGGAAAAAAACUUGAUGCCGUAAAUUCCAAUUUACUGAAGGGUUCUGAACUCCAAGUUGCCAUUGUUACUCCAUUGAUAAUGUCAAAAGAGAGUAUUCAACAUGAAGUGCAGAAAAAAACUCAUUCAUCUCUGUUGGAAGAAAUGUAUCCAAUUAUUGAAGAAAACAGUGUAUGUAGUUUACAAGAGCUUAGUUCCUUAGUACCAGCUGCUGAUGAAGGAGCAGGAGGAACUCUUCGUUCAUCUUCAAACACAGGUAUUACUGUUAAGAAAGAAGAUAUAGAUAUGCAUGAAAAAACCACCAAAUCCAGUGAAGAAACCUUGAUAGUGAAAGCUGAAAUGAACAAGGAUUGCUUAAUUCAUCAAGUUCCUCAGAAAGAUGUAAAAUCUUUCAAAAGUAGUUCAGAUUUGCAAGAACCAGGAGAUGCUGUUGAAGUUGUGCUGAAUGACACUGUGUUCGAGAUAUCCAGUGUGUGUACUCUUGUACAAGGUGAUGAGUUUUACAAUUCACAAAUAGCUUGUAUUUUUAAUAGUAGCCCUUUGAAGUCUAGUAAGAAAAAUGACACUUCAGAAGAAUAUAUGCCGUAUUUGCAUCAUAGUGAGCAGCAUUCUGGCCUUUUGAAAAGUGAAUCUGAAAUUAUCACGAGUGCCUCAGAAGGAGAUACCUUUUUGCCAUCCCAAGACCGCUUAUCAGAUGCCACUACAGAAAAGCUGUUAGACGAAUUGUCGAAUUUAGAGAUUCCUCAAAGUGGGAAAGCUUCAAAUGAGGGGAAUGUCAUUGAUUCUGAGGAAGGAAGAAGCAGUUCCAUGCCCCAAAGUACUCCUCUUUCAGGAGAGAAACUUAAGCAGGAUACACUCUAUGAUUGUAUUCAUAGUGCAGACUUCAGCAGUGAUAAUGAGGUUUUACCUGUAAAUAAGGGAAACAUAUUCAGCAGUAAUAUUGCAGAUGGAACGAACGCUACUGCAAAAGAGGAUGCCACAAAAAAUGCGCUAUGUGAAGAAAAUCAACCAGAUUCUGGAAUCGACACUGAAGCUCCUAAAAUAGUACUAAACGAUCAGCUGACUGAACUCUUGAAAGAAUUUCCUUAUGGAAUCAGUUUUCCAAAGGCUUUAAAAACCCCAGAGAAUAACGAUUUUGUGACUAAACUAAGUGAGAAAGAAGAUGAAGAAAAGCCUCAAAGUUCUGUGGAAAUUCCCUCACAAAUACAAAUAACAAUAUUAACUUCUGAACAGAUGAAAGAAAUGUUUCCUGAACGGAGUCAAUCUUCCUCUAACAUACCAAAAAACUGUGAAGUUGACCAGUUUUCAACAGAAUUUAAAGAUGACUUGAUGGAAGAGAAUAAAAGGCAUAGUCAAACUGAUCAAGCUGUACCUUAUGACAGCCGAAAUAUCUCAGCAGAAACAACAGCUGCAAAACCCAGGAAGCAUAAAUAUUGCUGCCUCCAGGGUUGGCUAGCUUCAACAGUGGGAGUGGAGCCGUGUAAAUGCAUACUGCCUGAAAAAGUUGCCUCAAAGCAGAAGGUGGACAUUUGUCCACAGUCUAAAACUAUAUCUAAAGUCAAACCAGAAGCUGAUGCAAAAACUGGUCUUCAAGAAAAUGAAUCUAAAAUAGAUCCUGAAAUUGUUCCACUUUCAUCUCUAGAAAAACAAGGUUCUCAAGAACUUAAUAUACCUGUCAAGCAGGAAAUGGAAGAAUUGCCACUCCAUACAUCUUCUCCUGCUUUGACGACUGAAACAAUUGAAAUUAAAAUACAGAACCACACACGUGAAAGAGAUAAUGUCUCUGCAGAUAAAACACAGUGUCAUUCAAGCACAAAAGAUUUAAAAGUGGUUACUGCUAGAACUCUCUCCAAGAUUGAAACCUCGGUUAAACAGAGAACAUCAAAAGAAAAAUUUGUUGUAAGAUCAAAGACAGAUCAUCGAAGGAGAAUAGAAAUAAAGCGCAACACAUACCAAGAAAGAUAUAAAAUUAAACGGGACUCCAAUGAAACACGCAUUAUUAAGGGACCAACUUUGAGUAAGGGUUUGAAGAGAAAAAUGGCAAUAGGAAAAAAGCAUAAGGCUUUGGUAAACCAGAAUAAUGAUGCCAUAAAGUCCCCAAAUAUAAACAGUAUUAAAAUUAAGAGCCCUCAGCAUAAAUCUACCAUGCUUUCACCAGAACAUUUAAAUGUAAGGAAGAAAUUAGAUUUUGAGAAAAACUACGGAUACAAAAAAAAUUUGGGGCACACGAUAAACAAUGAACCAAGUAGGACUGAGCAUAUUGAACACAAUGAAGAAAGUAUUCAAAGGAAAAGUCUGAAGCUAAAUUUGGAAAAAUUUGCGUAUUCGAAAGAGAAGAAAAAUGUAGGCAAUUACAGAAGUCAUUUAGAUGCAUCACCAAAACACAUGAGCCAUGCUUCCAAUAUACUUAAAACUCCCUUCUCGGUUAAAGAGGCUAUGCUAGAUACUCGUAAUAGAGACAAGCGACUUGAGAGAUCUCUUUCUGAUAAAAAAACAUGUUUCAGCAGAAGAACUGGUAGUAUACUGUCAAUUUCUCUACAAAGAGAACAAAAGAAAAAAUAUUUGAACCAAGUUGCAUUCAAAAGGAUUGCACAGAAAACCAUUUGUUUGACAAACUUAGAUUCACAUUCCAAACCAGUAUGGCAUGUGAAAUCCAGUAGUGUUUCAGCAUUGUGUGAGGAUCAAAAGAACAGCAGUGCAUCCUCUCAGCAUCCAGAAAUGGAGAAACCGAAAAUGCUUGAGUUCAAAAUGUGCCCAGAGAUAUUGUUUGGAAAAUCAGUCUCAGAAGAACAACUUUUAGAUGGAAAGAAUCUUCCUGAAAAAGACAAAACCCCUAUCACAGCUGUCAAAAGUAAAAGAGAAGACUGGUUAAAUUACAACCCUGUUAAGAGAAGAAAAACUGAAGAAUGUGAAGCUCAAGUUAAUGAUGGCAUUCCUCUUGAUACUGCAAUAAAAUUAUUGGAUGGAAUGCCUGUGAAGGAUUCUAAAGCUACAUUUCAGACCUACAAGAAAAUGCAUCUGGAAAAAAGAAGCCGAAGCCUAGAUAGCACUCCCUUAAACUAAAUGUCACAAAUGUGAGUAAUAUCAUGGGCAUGUCUUGUUUAUGGUGCAUGUAUUUGAUGGAAUUGGGCCAUAAAGUAAAAAGUGACUGACAGGGGUGGGCACUGUAAAAAUGAUUAUUGCACACACUGAGAUGUUUUAUGUUCAAGAAAAAAUUCAAAAAUUGUUUUCCCAUAGAAUUUACAAAUAAUUUUAACAAUUGAAUGUCUCACAUUUUGCAAUUAAUAAAUUCCCCUGUCUGUUUAAUUCCAUCAUUUUGCCUAAAAAACGAGGAUGAUAGCACUGUAAUUGCAGAAAGAAGCCAGUGGAUUUUUAUCCUUCUUUUUAAAAAGACAUGUAAUGAAAAUAUAGUUUAUUGGUUUAUCGGUUUCCUAUAAAAACUAAGAAAACAAUAACAAUAUUUUCAACUCACCCCCCCUCUCUGAAGAGCAGAGAUAGUGUUAAAGAAUAAUACAUUAGAAUCAAGACCUAAUGAGAAUAGACCAAAGUGUCAUUCCACAGUGUCCCAUGAGCAGUUGUUGUCAGAAGCAAUGUUCAAUAGAUUCUGCGUAAUCAAUAAAAUUGUAACAUGCCAUAUAAAUACUUGUUUCUUUUUCCAGUUUGAUGGUCCUCAUUGUGAUGUUGUUAACUUAUAUUGUUAUAUUGUUGUUAACUGUCCUGUAUCUGUAACAAUCAUAGCAUUUUUAAGAGAGAGAGCAAUUUUGUUUUGUCUGAACUUUGGAGAGAUAGUUAAAAACAUGAACAAAAGCAGAUAAGCCUUGGGUAUGCACCAGGGCGCACUGGAAACUGUGUGCUGCUAUCCAGUUUUGCUGAACUUUACAAACUUUUCAGAAAGUUACUUUUUACUUUAUUUAUAAUUUUCUGUUAUUUGAGACUUGUUGAUUUUCAGGUAUGUUUUUUUAAAAGGAAAAGUUGCAAAUACCUCUGUUGAAUGUCUCCACUUUGAUUGAAAUGUAAUUGUAUUUGAAAACCCAGUUUGCAUUUUGACCAAAACUUUGUGAGUCAAAAUAUUAUCAGGAUUCACCAGCCAGUUAUUUAAACAAAUCCUCUGUAAGCUAUAUUAGCUAAGGGUUGUACUUAACUGUAUUACUCAGCUGACUUUAAGGCUUCUUUCAGCCGAAGGGAAACAAAAAUGAUUUCCCCCUCCUCCAGCAGCUCUUAUGCCCCACUGAAUCUUCUCUGGAAGAUCCCCAACCAUCCGGAGCAGAUUUCAGGGUGGGUGCUUCAGGGGGUGGAGCACCCACUCUGAAAUUGUUUUCCUUCCCCGUUCCACUGCUAAAAGCCUUAUUGUCAGUUGAACAACACUCUGGGAAUACAACCAAGUAUGUUUCCAAAUAUAUGCCCUAGAAACUAUUCUGAUGUUGAAUAUUCAUUUUUAAGUGCCUUUUGUAUUAUUUGGUAUAUUUGAUGAUACUUUAUAACAUUGUCAUUUUUUGAUUGUGGUUUUUUAUAAAAAAAAAGUUACAUGAACUCAGUGCUACUGUUUCUUAAUGCAAUUAAAAGCAUACUUAUUUUGGCAA